AUGAUUUCAUAUCCCGAUUUUGUUAAUGAUGUUGAUAGUGGUGGCAACACCAUACUGCAUUUAGCUAUUUUUGGAAAUGAGAUGAUCAAGCAUGUGCUUAGUAGCAGCAAAAUAGAUGUGAAUGCAGUAAAUAACAGUGGGCGAACGGCGCUGGAUAUUCAUGUCCUAGCAGGAGGAAAUCCAACAGCUUCGGAGAUUCAAGACAUCUUACUUAAUGCCGGGGCCAAAAGACGCGAACAGACUACUGUAGAGGUUGGGGUUGAGGUUAAGGAGCUUGAGCCUAAGUGGCUGAGUAAGAGAAGGGAUACAUUUAUGGUUGUAACUUCACUGAUUGCGACCAUGGCAUUCCAAGUUGGGGUGAACCCGCCGGGCGGUGUUUGGCAAGACAGUUCAGCAGGACACAUAGCCGGGAAAGCUGUACUUGCUGAUACCAACCCCUCUGCGUACUACAAAAUAAUGGUUGCAAACACGCUUGGAUUCCUUUUGUCUCUAAGUACAAUCUUACUAAUCAGUUUUACUUUGCCAGAGCCACAAAGGGCUUAUAGAUGGACCCAAGCUUCGAUCACAUGGUUGACGUUCAUGUUGCUUAUUUAUACUUACAUAUCUUCUGUCAAUGGUAUGGCACCGGAGAAGGGCUAUCGUGGGUUGAUUCUAACGGAAGCCAUUAUAUGUACUACUAUUCUGUGGAUCAUUGUGAUGCCAAUUUUAUUGUUGCGCAGGAUUUUCAAGGUCGGCAGAGGUAGCCACCCCUUGUAUUCGAAGCUGAGAUUAACUAAACUUAAGAAAUUGUUUGGUUUUCCAAAUAAUGUAAGAGGAGGUAUGAUCGUAGAGUUCUUAGCACUCGCAACCAGGCCGGACUUAUCUGCUCCAUUCGGUGUUCUAAAGACGUUCAACUUUAGAGAGAAAAAGCUACCUCAAAAGAUGCGAACCUUUAUGGUUGCCGUUCACCCAUGCGCAACGGAGAACAAGUUUUGGUCCCACAUUCCCCGUUACUCAUGGGCUCCGACAAUGCCCGGGUUCGUAUAA